CAAAUGGGCCAAAACAUCCAACAUCCAUGGGCUUAAGAACAUGGGAAGUGUGAGCAGGCAAAACAAAUAUUAUGAUGUUCCUCUCCCGUGCCCACUGAAUCAAGGAGAUAUUUAUGUGCGACUUGUGGCCAUCAUACAAAAUCAAGAUAGGUUGAUCAGAUGAUGCCGGUGGAGCAUAUUUUGUAAAAUGGUCACUUGGAUACAUCUGAAAGAUUUCAGAAUUGGACCAGCCUGUUUCACUGACUGUCCCUGCGGUGCCUGCUGUACAGCCUGAAAGGAGCUCCUGGCGCAUUCUUUGUCCCUUAAAUACAAAAUAUGGAGGUACGACCACCCCAAGAGCAUUGCCGCACCCAAUAACAGUUGUCGUGUUUGAUUUGCCUAAUGUCACUGCAACUGGUACUUCAAAACGUGAAGAAACAACAGAUAGAGGAAAAGAUCACAAUGGCUACAGCCAGCUUUCUGGUAGGGGGCGCCACCCAGAGUCUUGGUUCCCCAGCAGCACAGCAGCUUCCGAGAUUGACUCAGGAAACCGAGCUACAAAAGCUGCUGGCUGACGAACGCCUGCGCAGUGAACAACACAAGACUAACUACCAGCAGCUCAAGUUGGAACAUGCCAGAUUGCAGGAUGAAUACAUGCAGUUACAAAUCGAAGUGAAGAGGACGAUUGAAGAGAGUCGUAUUGUCAAGGAGAAUUACAAGACAUUGCUUGACCAAACGAGAGCAGAGUUGGCCGAAACACAGACUGAAGUGGAGGAGUUACGAUCAAAGGUGAUGACUCCGCAGAAAUUAGAAAUUCUGAAAAUGCAGUUACUGGAUGAAGUUGAGAGAACAUACCGUGACAAAUUCCAGAAGCAGGAGCAAGAAAUGGCUGAGACCCACUCUGAACUGACCAAAGUGCGUUACGAGCUGUCCUUUAUCAAGUCCGAGUACGAACAUGUAAACUUGGAACACCAAAGAGUGUUGGAGGAAAUAACAUUGCAGCACAAUGCUGAGGUGGAAAACCUGAGAAAAGAAAGAGACUCAACGAUAACCAGAAUCCAAACAGAAAACAGUGUGGACUCGCAGAAAGUGAGAACGCUGCAGCGCGACAAUGCUCAGCUGGUUCUCAAAGUGAAGAGUGUGCACAUUGAGUUGGAGGAGGUCCGCAGUCAGUGUGAGAAGCAGCGACUCGAAGCGGACAGUGUCACCAGGACGCAGUCCAAGCAGCUGGCAGAAGCCCACGCCACUGUCAGAUCACUUGAGGCCGAGCGUGAGUCGCUACGUCGCCAGGCAGAUUCCUUGCAGCACGAGCUGUCGUCGACCGGAGACAAGUACAACAAGAUGACAAGCAGGAUUCACGAGCUGGAGAAGGAGAAUGCGGUGUACCGGAACCAGCUGGAGGAGGAGGUCCACCGGGCCAAGGUCGACCUCACCAACAUCAGGAUGGACAUGUUGAAGCAGAGAGGAGACCUCGAGCGGGAGCGCGACAAACUCGCCAACCUCUGUGACGAUCUUCAGACUCAGAUAGAAAUAGCCGACCACAAGAUAGCUCAGCAGGCUAGUCACCUGGAGGAGAAGGAGAGAGAGAUUGCCAGACGAGUACAGGCUGUCCGGGAGGAAGAGUUUGAAAAACUGGCCGCUGUGGAGAAUGAAAAGCUUGAAUUAGAAGCAAAACUGCAAGAGAUAGAACGUCACAGGAUAGAUGAAGAGGCACAUAAACAGGCUGACCAGGAGAAAGUUGCUGAGCGGAUAACAGUGGCAAACAGUCAGAGAGAAUCGGCAGAGAAAGAACUCCUUGUCUUGAAAACUAAAAUUCAUCACCAUGAGGCCUUAAAUGAGCAGAUACAAAGAGAAAGAAUGGAAAACUCUGAAUUGAAGAGUAAAAUAUCACGACUGGAGGACGAACUUAGUGGCUAUGUUGGUAACGAGCAGGGUUUGAUGGACCAGAUGAUCAAGCUGCGCAACCAGUCGGAGCUUCUCAAAGAGGAGCUGCGUCUGACACAGGACCAGAUGGUGAAGCUGCAGGACAAUCAGGACCGGAUUGUGUCCAGUCAGCGUGCCGCCUUCAUCGACGAGAAGACGCAGCUCGAACUCAGGAUACACGACCUUGAGGCAAAGUUUGAAAACGCCAGCUCAAAACUUAGCAAAGCUGCGCUUAUUCAUAAAAAGUUCAAACGUAAAUAUCGCAAGGUGAUUGAGCAUCUAAAAGAAAAAUUACAACUCUUGGAAGCAGAGUACACAGAGUUGGAUUUAGAGAAACAAGCCUUAUCGAAGUGUGUUCCGCAAGAUGCUUAUAACCGGUUAAAGAAACAGUGGAAAGACUUGUACAGACGUCACAGUGAAUUCAGAGCUCUUCUCCUACCAAAUAUCCGCCAAGUGCCUAUUGGAGAUAUGUCAUUUGGAACAAUGGCCAUACCCUUUGAUGUCACUCUUCCAAACUUCAGUUUCGAUUUAGAGCAACAACACCAGGAGGACCUGCAUCUGCUCAAGCAGCGACUCGACACCCUGGACCUUGCACAGAAGAAGCAGCUGGAGGAACUCCAAGAUAUCGGACACAGCACUCUGGUCGACAAACAUGCGUUUGAGGACUUGGAAUCUCUACGGGAGAAAACCGAUCAGGAAAAGUUGUCAGACUAUUGACUUAAAUACAUUUUGUCCACGAUACCUUAUCUGUGACAAAAUGGAUGCACUGCAAACAGCAUUCUCUGCAGGGUUUGGAAGUUCUAGAUCUUUCAGAGUGGAAUUCUGGGUAUGUAGGUCGGUAACUGGCACAUAUGUACUGAACAGAUGCUUAUGUGCAAAUCUGUGCCAAACAGUUACUGAUGUGCAAAUUCAUGGCCAAAAGUUGUUUGUGUGCAAAUUCAUACACAGCUCUGGACUUUAUACUUUGAAAAUAUUAAAACCCAUGUCUUUUAAUUAGUCGUCUGUGGAAGUGAUGAGAAGAAAGUCAUAUUUAUUACCCCAGCGGUCACUCAUAAAAGGGAAAAUAUUUUCCAUAUUUUCUCAGUGAGAAAUAUUCUGCAUUGGUCUAACGAACAAUACUAUUGGACAAUUUGACGCUUACAAACCAA